GCGGGGCCGUGCGGAAGUCCCCGGCUCUGAUUGGAGGGCAGAGCGGGGAGGCGGGGCCGGGGGUGAGCUGUACUUUGUCUCGGAGAGCCGCGCGGGUACUUCGCCGCGGAGUGUCAGUGCGCCGCGAUGGGGAAGGUGGUCCUGGUCACCGGGGCGAGCAGUGGCGUCGGCCGAGCGCUCUGCCAGCGGCUGCUGCAGGAGGACGACGGGCUCCACCUGUGCUUGGCGUGCAGGAACCCGGGCCGAGCAGAGGCCGCCCGCGCCGCGCUGCUGGCCGCCUGCCCCUCCGCCCAGGUCACCGUGGUGCAGGUGGACGUCGCCGACCUGCGCUCCGUGCUGCGGGCCGCCAGGGAGCUCCGGCACAGGUUUCAGAGGCUAGACUGUGUGUAUCUAAACGCUGGGAUCAUGCCUAACCCACACCUAAAUCUCAGAGCACUUUUCUCUGGCAUCUUCUCAAGAAAAGUGAUUCAUAUGUUCUCCACAGCUGAGGGGCUGCUGACUCAGGAGGACAGGGUCACGGCUGACGGGCUCCAGGAGGUGUUUGCGACCAAUGUCUUUGGCCACUUUAUCCUGAUUCAGGAGUUGGAACCUCUCCUCGCUCACAGUGACAGCCCGUCGCGGCUCAUCUGGACGUCGUCUCGCAGUGCGAGCAGGUCUAACUUCAGCCUGGAGGACUUCCAGCACAGCCGGGGCCAGGAGCCCUACAGCUCUUCCAAAUACGCCCUUGACCUUCUGAGUGUGGCUUUGAACCAGCACUUCCACCAGCGGGGCCUGUACUCCAGUGUGGCGUGCCCAGGGACCAUGCUGACCAACCUGACCUACGGGAUUCUGCCACCCUUUCUCUGGACCCUGAUGAUGCCCAUCAUAUGGCUGCUGCGCUUUUUCGCAAAUGCCUUCACUCUGACGCCGUACAACGGGGCCGAAGCGCUGGUGUGGCUCUUCCACCAAAAUCCCGAGUCUCUGAACCCUCUGAACAAGUACCUGAGCGCCACCACGGGCUUUGGAAGCAAUUAUGUAACGACCCAGAAGAUGGACAUAGAUGGAGACACUGCUGAAAAAUUUUACCAAAAGUUGCUGGAACUGGAGAAGCACAUUAAAGGCACGAUUCAGGACACAGACACGCAGAGCUGACGGGGACAUGGAGCGCCCCUGUGUGUCCUGGGGUGUAGGGUGCUGUCAUCUGUGGGUGGUGAGCUGUGACAGGCCCUCGCCUGCCUUUAGCGUCACCUCUGGGACUCCGUGUGCUCGUGAGACAGGUUCAUAGAGUAAAACAUCCGUUAGAGCCUCCAGAACGGGGUCACAGCCCGAGUCCUAAGUGCCCGAAAGUCCCGACAGCACCUGCUCACCACGUCCUGCCCCCAGGAGCCCGAGCCGUACCCACGGGAGAAGCACGCACCUCGCAGGGGCCGUGCCCACUUGGGUGCAGGCUCAGCCGUUGCCUUUCCGCUUCUGACCUUAUUUCUUCCCCACAUGCUGCUUCUAACAGUCCCGAGGUUUUCGGUCCCGACCGUCCGAAUACAGACACCGUGUGGCCAGUCACAGGACUUGAGGUGUGUGUGCUGCUUCAGCUGCUUGUCACCUAAGAGCGUCUCUAAGCCAAACCGCGGAGCCACGUUCGUGUCGGGCCUGGUUUCUCUGACCGUCGACAACUCUCUACUUUACUGACCAGUGCAUUGUUGUAAUCGUGUUUGAAUGGAUGUGAACUUGCCACCAAACAGUGAUCUGCUCACAGUGUCCCAGUAAAAUCUUCCAGCUGCAUCGUUGCUGGGGGCAGAUGCUGGCUUCCCGGGGGUGGAAUUGGCUGGGUUUGGUUCCCAUGUGUGUAGACAAAACACUAAAAUGCAGGAUGGUUUUACGCUAAGUAACCCACAGGAAUGCAGUGAAGGAAGUCACAUUUCAAAUGAGUUAGUGAACGUGAAAAGUAUAUAUAAAUGUGAUUUCCAUACACUUUGAAGUGUGAACUUUUGUUACCAUGUCUCUAAUUGUGUGGCUAACGGUGUUGGUAAUAAAGUUACAUGU